AUGACAUCUUCACGCCCUCUUCUCAUCCCACACAAGCGACCUCUAUUCUCGUCCACGACAGGGAAAGAUAUAAACAAAAGCAAAACAUCAUGCAAUAAGACAGUCGCCAAGGCUUUGAAUUCUAGCGCGGUGGCAGCAGAAACACGCAUGAAGAAACCCAUUUCCUAUCCCCUGCAUAGUGAUGAGAAUGCAGAUGAGGGCCAAGAUGGAGAUGAACUACAAUAUCUGAAGUCGGAGCCUAUUGAAGUAGCAUUUGCGAUGGCCCCGCAGCCCUUCCUCGAUCCUCCUACCUGGGAGGCGAUGUUGAAACGGGCUCGAGACACGGCCAAUGCUUCCAAUAAUACAGGGACGGGUAAUCGACGAGAUGAUCAUGGCUCUGUCGGUCCUUCUAGCUCCGAGACAGCAGAUCAGCGCAGGCUAAGACGAGAAAGGGAAGCAGAGUAUGGCUCUAUGGCUAUUCGAGGUCGGUCGAGUAACAUCGAUGGAUGGUCAUGA